CCAAACUAUGGGAAGGGCGAACCCUGGGCCCCACCUCCUCAACCACCAGCCGCCUCCUCUCACCAGACCGGUUCCUAGCCAGCCCCACCUGAGAGGGCAAGCAGAGUCCUGAAUGCACCCACUUCCCCAUGACCCCAGGAGAUCCCAGCUCUUGUCCUGGAGAGGGGGGUUCUGGGCCCAGCAGAGGCAGAGACAGCUGCCUCAGACAGCAUUUGGCCAACAGGUGGCAGCUGGCACCCCUCCCCCCAGGAUGGCAGCUGGACGGGGAAAGGAAUAAGCGGCCCAGCCACCCCCUUCCCCCAGGUUAGUUUUCAUUGGCUGGGCUGAAAGUUGAUUGGGGGGGAGCGGGGGCGGGGAACAGGGAUGGGCUGAGAUUAAGCGCCAGGGCUGCCCAGACCCUAUGAGGGUGCCUAGCCAAGAACCUAGGGCAAAGGUCAGCUUGGGGCCGCCUUACCCCAUCCCUUUCCUCCUCUAUGAGGGUGUGUCUGUUAAAGCAGAGGAGGAAAGCCUUGCUCCCAGGCACGGUGUUUGCACUCCCAUCAGUCCUCACUAGCUGCCUAUGAGAAGGGGCUCAAUGUCCCCAUUUUGCAGAUGAAACAACUAAGGCUACAGCUGAAGCAGCACCUGGAUAUGCCUGAUUCCACAGCUCAGAUAAGUUCUGCUACACUGUACAGCACACAGAAGAGAAGUUAGGGCAGGAAAGACUGUCCAGGCAAGCACAGCCAAGACUGCUCACAGCACAGCAUGUGUCCGGUCUGUUGACCCUGCCCGCUGCCCUCCUCCUCCUCCACCCCACCAGGCUGUUAGCACUCAAGGAACCUGUUGGCAUGCCUCCGUCCACCAACAUGGCCUUGCUGACCCUAGCCAGGACCAGUCACACAUGCCUGGCAUGGCCUAGGCAAGGCAAGGGAUCACCCAACAAGACCGAAGGCCCUCAGGCAUGGCAUUUCUGGAAGGUCUGAGUCAGAUAUGUGGAAAACAGGCAGGAAUCAGGCAGAGGCAGAGGCCGCAUGGCAGCCCUGUCCAUGCUGGCACUCUGCAGGACUCGGGCAGCUCAUGCCCCAGAUGCUCAAAGGAUUUCUAGCACCCACCUCCUUCCCGACCCCACUACUACCACUGGCCAUGCCACCAAUGCCAAGAACAAUACAUGCCCAGGCACUGAUGAAGUGUGCCCAAGCCCACAGGGCAACCAGCCUUCCUGGACCAACCUGAGUAGUUGCCCGGGCAGGAGUGGGGAAAGAGGGGUGGGCCACGUGGGAGGGGGGUCUGCUUGGCUGCUUCAGGAAUGUGCUGACUUAAUGGUUUUGGAGACAAGGAGAGGACUAAAGUAAGUACCCAGGCUUCAGGCAGAUUAGCCUGGGCAGCUUGGGGCCCAGCCGAGACAGUUUCCGCCAGAGCUACGGACAACCUUGCUCGUAAGGUAAGUGCGUGGCGGUGAGGGGCAGCGCCUGUCCCCCCACCUCUUCCCUUCUCCCUCCAAGGGCCUCAGCAGCAUAGCUCAGGCACUAGGGGAAAGGGGGAGGCAGGGGCAGACUGCUCUAGGCUGUGCAGUGGAGGCCCAGGCCCAGGGGAGAAGACAGGAUGAGGGGAGGGGGCUGUGGGAGAGGAAGGGGGAUUUCCGGGAGGAGGAGGGGCAGAAGCAGCAGAGAGAGGCAGAGGAGGUGGAGGGAAGGGGCCUGGCAGCCCCCUCCUGGAUCCUUCCCUGAGGCAGUCAGGGUGGGUCAGCUGGGGGGAGGGGGGCAGUGCUCAGCUGGCCUCAUCUGGAAACCAGAGGGCCCAGGGAAGGGCUCUGGAGAAGACAAUGGGACUGUGUGUCUGUAGGGGAGUAUGUGUGUACACUGAAGGGAGGAGGGGAGAGGGUGAGGGAAAAGGAGGAGGGGGCAGCAUAGCAGCUUGUGCAGGAGCAUAUGUGAGGGCAGGAGCCGGCCCAGGCUGCAGGGAACAGAAAACAAAGGGCCUGCUGAGAUUUCCGCCAGGCUAGGGGCUGCAGAGGACAGAGGGAGGGAGGGUGGGAGAGAGCACUAAAGGCAGGAGCCCCAGAGAUGCUCCCCUUGUGGGUGCCCGUGCCUCUCCAUCCACUCAGCAGACAGUCACCUAACACGAGGCAAUGGCUGACCCAGGCUUCCCCUGUGCUCUUGGGGCACGAACUCGCCACACCCAAGCCUGAGCAGUUCCCAGGGUGGGCAGGAGAUUUGAGACACCACAGGGUGCCCACCAAUGGAUGCUGAGAACCAUGAGGUGACCUGGGUCCUCGGAGGGCAGGGGAUACUCAGUAACACCCAGGGUGUGACCCCUCCCUAACGAUCUAUAGUACAGGCCAUCCGCAGUACUCAAGACCCCCAGGGGCUGCUUCAGGAGAGAGCUGGAGCGUCACAGUCUUCCCUCUAUUGUGUGACCACAAACAGGCCGGGCUUAAAUCCCAUAGAAAUCUUUAAGGAACUGUGUGACCAUGGGCAAGUCGCAGACUUUCUUUGAAUCUGUCGUUUCAUCAUCUGUGAAAUGGGAGAACAAUAGCUGCCGUUCUCGGAACGUUCGAAGAAUCAGCAGAGGUUAGAUGGGGGAAAACUCCGGAGGCUUAAGGUGCUGCGCGGGACGGAGGGUUUUGUCCUCCUCUUCCCAGAGGAUUCAAAGUUCAAGGAUGAGGCCGCUCUCGCUCAGGGUCCAAGGAAGAAACGGGACGACGUGCCAUUUCUCUGCGCGCUUCUCAAUGGCUUGCAGGGAACCACCCAGUUCCCACACCUGUGGCUGCAUCCGGCCCUCGCAAAACUUCCUUAGACUGGAGGGGUGCCCUGCGCAGGCCGAGAGAGGUGUAUGGCAGACCCCAGAACUGCUGGUGGAGAUUGAGACGGCGUGGUCGCUUUCUGGCUAUCUGCUAGUUUGCUUCUCCACAGGGUACUUCAUCCACGACACAGCGGACAUCGUGGUUAGUGGCCAGGCUCGAGCUUCUUGGGAAUACCUCGUCCAUCAUGUCAUGGCCAUGGGUGCUUUUUUUUCAGGCAUCUUUUGGAGCAAGUUUGUAGGUGGAGGUGUCCUAACACUGCUGGUGGAGGUCAGCAACAUUUUCCUCACCAUCCGUAUGAUGAUGAAGAUCAACAAUGCCCAGGACCACCUCCUUUACCGGAUCAACAAGUAUGUCAACUUGGUCAUGUAUUUUCUCUUCCGCCUGGCCCCUCAGGCUUACCUCACCUAUUUCUUCCUGCGAUAUGCGGGCCAGAGGACCCUCGGCACCUUCCUGCUGGGUAUCCUGCUCAUGCUGGACAUUAUGAUUCUCAUCUAUUUUUCCCGUCUCCUCCGCUCUGAUUUCUGCCCUGACCGUGUACCCAGCCAACAACACAAAGACAAAUUCUUGACGGAGUAAGGGGCAUACAGCCUGGGACUUGUGGCAAGGGCAGCAAACACAACCAAGGGAAAACAGCCUCACACAAACUGAGAUGAGACUUAGCCCCAAACCUGGGGCAUCCAGCCUCUCCACCUUUCAAGCCUGCACCCAAUUGAAAACACUAAUGAGAACACUCUGAAGUCCUUGUCCUUUCUUGGGCAAGGCGUGAGGGAAGCAGACAGACCGGUUGGACAUGGUAGAUGGGUGUGGGGACAAGGUGCUAUGUGAGAGCCAGCCAACCCACACUGCCCUGAAAUGGAUGCUAAUAAAAACUCUUGGUAUUGGUUUCAUACAAAGCCUCUUC